UUCCAGUUGUGCACGUCCGCACGUCCGAGCAUCGUCGUAAUCUAGUAGUCACCUUAUUCCACCGUGAUGAAACCGAUUUCUCAACGCUUACUAUGGCUGUUCGUGGUGGCAGUAGUGGUAUCCACCACAGCCGAUGCCAAAGUAGGCCGAGCCGAUUCGACCAGCACCGAAGACAGCGAACCCCAGCUGGAUCCACUGGAGUUCUCCUAUCUAACGCUAUGGAAGUACACGUUAGCCGAGUGUGACAAGAAAGGAGUGAAUGGAUCGAUCAUUACCCAUUCCUGGAUCGGGGUCCGAAGUUGCCUCCGCAGCAAGCUGGAUGUGAUUGCAUUCAACAUGGAUUCAAUGCGAUUGGACGUCGACAACCAGCAGGCGAUUCUGGAGAAGCACUGUCCGAAUCUGCGACAUGCAAAAGGUUGCUUCGAACCAUUCAUGAAGAAUGUAAAGUCGUGUGUUCAAGAGGACGACUACGAGAUUUUCGAAGCUAUGCGAGACUGGAUCACGGGGGUUUUGGAGCACAUUUGUGAGGAUAAUGGGGCGCGCAUUAGUAAGAUCAUUCGAAACCGUCAAGUCAACCACGAUCUUACGCAUGUUUUCUUCUAG